AUGGGCAAUCUUCACGACCCUACUAUACCAUUACCUGCAUCCGCGGCAUGGUCAACCGAGACCCUCUGGAUAAAGAAUGACCCAACUGGAAACUCCACGGUGGACAUAAGACACUCCAUGGGACCGCAGGAGUUUGCACGCCGUAUUCCCGCCAAAUUGCCUGAAACCGAAACCAUUGGGUUUAAACAACUCCGCAUCUGUGGUUUGACGGGUUACCUUGUCAAAGCUAGGUAG